UCAGAGCGAUGAAUGUAGUUUGUUCAGCCGCUAGAGAGUCUGUGAGAGAGCAGCGUCGUCUGAAUGAACUCUCUGUUACAGACUCGCCGACAACCCCAAACACAACCUGAAAGACGAUAUGUGCUUUUCAAAACAACGCUAAGUAGACUACGACAGGUGUUUGGAGGUUACUCUGGACAACCAGACCUUGGCAAACAGGAGUUGCCUGAAGAUAAGCAGACAGCAGUUACCAAGAGAGGAUGAAUGUCUUAUGUCUGCUCUGAAGAGGCAUAGGAAAGAGUGCCGACUGUGACACUUGGAAAAUUGAUUACCGUAACCGGCUUCCACAUUUCGCCUGAUGCGAUCAGUGGUGGUGAUCCCGAGCAGCCCUGUUCACAGAGUCCAGAUGAUAGAGGAUCCGGCCUUUUUCUCAUCUUCUCCACUUUAAAACGCCAUCAUUAGUCACUGUCAUUGCUCUGUGCUAUUGCAGAUUGUGUCACCUUUUACCAGAAACACUGCAACUUUUUCGUAGUGCCUACAAUAAGGAGAACCUCAUUUCGGCUACCAAGACGACAAAAGAGAGUCACUCAGUGCUCACAAGGCAGAGGCAGGGAGGGAGCAGGAGUCAGAGAAAAAGAGACGAGCAGGGUGGGUGGAGAGGCUCAGAUUGAAUUGGCGCUCAAGUGCGAGUGAGCAGGCGAGCACUCAGAAGCAGCAAAUAAGUGUCUAUAGUAACCAGUGGCACUCUGAAAAGACCUUUCAAAGCCACGGUCAGCCUCUUAGUCUUGUACAGAACGAAUGGCUUUUAUUUGAUGAGGAGCAACAGUUCAAAAGUACUGAUCGGAGGCAGACGUAAUUGAAGAUGGAUUGAUACAGAGGCCCUGGAAGUAACGCAAUGGAUGGAUUUCCUUGGAUUUGUUGUCACUGCUGAUCUGUUCAUCACUUUGUUGCCGUGGCUGAGAUUUUCUGUUUAAGGGGAAGCCACCUUUUAAAGAUACUGGUAAGGGUCACUUCCAAACUGGAACCUGCAAGCUUUCUUGAGCAGGUCAAAGUUAAGUGGAGAGCAUGGGGAAGUCGAACAGCAAGCUCAAACCAGAGGUGGUGGAGGAAUUGACCAGGAAGACAUAUUUUACAGAAAAAGAGGUACAGCAAUGGUAUAAGGGCUUCAUAAAAGAUUGUCCAAGUGGUCAGCUUGAUGCUGCAGGUUUCCAGAAGAUCUACAAGCAGUUCUUCCCCUUUGGCGAUCCAACCAAAUUCGCUUCGUUUGUCUUCAAUGUUUUUGACGAGAACAAGGAUGGAAGGAUUGAGUUCUCAGAGUUCAUUCAGGCCCUGUCCGUGACCUCACGUGGGACCUUGGAUGAGAAACUUCGCUGGGCUUUUAAGCUGUAUGAUCUUGAUAAUGAUGGCUAUAUCACCCGCGAUGAAAUGCUUAAUAUUGUGGAUGCCAUCUAUCAGAUGGUGGGAAACACAGUGGACCUUCCAGAAGAGGAAAACACACCAGAGAAGAGAGUUGGUCGCAUUUUUGCCAUGAUGGAUAAGAAUGAUGAUGGGAAGCUGACCCUGCAGGAGUUUCAGGAGGGCUCAAAGGCCGAUCCGUCCAUCGUACAAGCUCUGUCGCUCUAUGAUGGACUAGUAUAGUAACAGCUUGUCUCUGAUAAAGGUCUGUAUAGGUGUGGCAGAAGAUGAAGUGCAGUACCAUGCCAAAAGAUGAGUCUUCUUCAUCUGACCUCUCAUUCUGGACAUUUAUGACUAUGAAAGUAGAAGAGAGAAAGACCAAAGUGAGAUCAUCCUCAUCUUCCCAACACAAGCAAAUCACAUUUGACGCUAUCUUUCGACAGAAAGGAAAGAAAUCUUGAAAAUUGUGUUUAUGUGUGCACAUGUGUCUGGAUCCCAUUGGAUUUCCUGCUGAAAAAAAUGCACUGGGGACAGGACGACGCUGAUUGAUAAAAAAGCAUGUUGACAGACAUAAAUUCUAGAUGUAAAUAUGUGUAAACAUUUCAUAUUUUGAAUCAUACUUUGCUGGGAUAUCCUGCAUGUAUUUGUUUAUUAUUUAAGAGCCUGGUUAUAUUUAAUUUAUUUCUUGUUUUAAAAUGUAUGGAUCGCAGCUGUUACAAGGCUCUACAUCUCUGAAGCUUCUUCAAAUUGUUGACAUGAAAGACUAGAAUUCAUUGCUCUUUUUUUUGCUCUUUUGUAAUAUGAAUGUGAAAGGAGAAUUACUUACUAGAUUUGAAUUACGUAGGUCCCAUUGUGUAUAGUGGCCUCUACAUUGCUGGCAAAACUCAUUACGAGUCCUUAAGCCACAUCCUUAACAAGGUGCUGUAACCAGGCAACGUGCUACAGUAAAGUAUGUAUAGCUCGAGGCACUUUCCACAAAUUUGGGGCACUUUGAUAUCACACGAGUUAAAAAAAAAAACUGUUAAACUUAACCUUGUCAACUACAUCCAUACAUUUCAUUUAUGAUCAUCAAAUGUAAAAUUUGUUAACAGUCAAAUUUGUUUUACAGUUCACACAAUCUGUCAUAAAUUGUAUAAUUUUUAUAGACAUGAAAUAACAUCAUUUGGAAUCCUAUCAUUGUAGGAAUGCAGAUAAAAAUCCAUUAUCUAAUAUUUACAGAAAGAGUAAGAAAGUAAAAAAGAAUGAUGCAACAAAUAAUUUAAUUUACAGGAAAUUUCUAUUAAAUUAGUGUUAUUAACUGUGUGAAAACAGCUCAAAUAAGAAGUAAGAUUCUUUUCUGAGGGUUAAGCACCGGUUUGUUUACAAUUUGUUGAUAAAGAAAAAUAAUUGUUUUCUAUUUGUGGAAAGUGCUUCGAACUAAUUCUCGCUUAAAUAACAGCUUUUACUUUCUUUAUCUGUGUCCUUUUUCCUGUUAAACAGACUUAAAGGUAUUUUGUGUGUGCCAUGCAGACAUCCUCUGUUUAUAAGUGGUCGUCUUCUUUAUCCAGCGCUCUCUGGCUGACGAUUAAAUUUGAUUUGCUGCAUAAUUGCCUCUAAUGUUAUUUGCUGUCUGUGAUGUAGGUUUUAAUAUUUGAGGUGUCCACACUCUCUAUUUUUAUCCCCUUACAGUAUAAAAGGACAGCACUAAAGCUGUUCGAGUGUACAGACCUUGUAUUCCAUCAGCACAAUGUAUUAGCUGGCUCUCUUUCAAAUGAAUAGUGCUAAAUUAAUUCACAAACCUAGUUUGUCAC